AUGGUAGACCGCCUCGACAUGAGUCUCGAAGAUAUAAUCAAAAAAUCGAAAUCGACCAAAACCGGCAACUCUAAUGGCAUUUGGCGCCAUGAUUUAUUCAAGACCCUUAAUCCCGGUCCUUCGCAAACUAAACGUAGCAAUCCUCUCGUAGCAGACUCAUCAUCAAUCGGUGGUCUUUCCAUUCAACAGAGACUUGGCACCAAUAUCGGGGUGACUGGCAGGAUGUCGAUUAAAGGAGUCGCCCCCGUAAAACAAGAAUUCUCAAUUAAAGGAGAAGGUGGGCCAGCGACUAUUGUAGUCAGUAACCUUGCUUCUGGAACAAGUGCAAACGACGUUAAGACUGCCUUUAUGGAUUUCGGUGAUAUUUUGACCUUGGAUAUGAAAUCCAAUAAAAAUCCUCGUUUACCUGUGAAUGCUGAAUUGACAUUUGAGUCAAAAGCAUCAGCUCUUGCUGCUAUAAAGAAAUAUAAUACGGCCCUUGUCGAUGGUCGCGUAUUAAAAGUUCAAUUGAAGCAAGCCGCGGUUCCUACCGCUACCAAAAAUAUUGGCAGUGCAUCUUAUCGCUUGAAGAAUAAAUUUAGUAAACAGUCGGUGGCGAGAUCAGUUCGAAACGGCAAAAUGUAUUCUGACGAAUUGAUUGGUGGUAUGCACAAGACUAAUGCAAGACGUGUCUCUGAUGGCAAAGGCAAACAACCAUCAUUUAGUGUAACAUUGUAA